AUGAGCAUGCAGCUUAUGCCCGUGUUAAACUACAACACGAGCACGAGUUCUCCGAGCUAUCAUAACCCGGUAGUGAACACCUUCCUCAUCAAUGAUAUGAACGGAAUCGGCGUUAUUGCGACCCAACUGGAAGCCACACAUAUUGCACCACCCGUGAAGCAAGUCCAGUACCAUGGUGGAGGAAGGAGGCGAGGCAAAUGUAAGUGGUUUAACGUGGCCAAGGGCUGGGGCUUCGUCACACCCGACGACGGCGGACAGGACGUGUUUGUGCAUCAGUCUGUUAUCCACAAAAAUGGGUUCCGAAGCUUGGCAGACGGAGAGGAGGUUGAGUUUGAGAGCGUGCCCUCGGACAAGGGAGUUGAGGCAACAUAUGUGUCAGGACCUUCAGGACAAGAGUGCAGGGGAUCUGAUAGGCGGCCGAUGUCAAGGAAGAAGUUUAGGAAGAUUAGAUGUUAUAACUGCGGAGAUUUUGGAAACCACAUAGCUUCAAAGUGUCCUUUCGGGCCAUUACCAAAGAGAUGCCAUAACUGCAAAUCCACGGACCACCUGAUUGCAGAUUGCCCCAUGAAGGACCCCAAUGACCAGCGGGGCUCUCGAAAGGGAAGCGGGAACAGUCUAAAUGGCGGCAGUGGGGGUGAAUACUCCGGAGGAGCUACAGGAUAUGCUUAAGCAAUUAGCAACCUAAUCUACCUCAUUUUAAACUAUUUUGGAAUAGUCCACUUUGAUAUAACUGUUCUUAAGUUUGUAUUAUUUCAGGACUCUGACACUGUACCGUUAAAAGGCUAUAGUAGAUAGUUUGCACUUAAAUAUAUG